UGUCCCUCUCCUCCUAUCUCUGUCAGCUCGGCUCAGUAGUUCAGCAGGCUAGUACGGAGAGACGAGGGCUGCUCCCUUUCGCCUCUGCACAGUCUGCACAGCACAACCAACACCAUACAUUCCUCACCAUGGCUGCCACAGAUGUUGACGUGUUUUCGAAUGAAGAGAAGCGUAACCUGAGUUUGGGUGGCCAUGUUGGAUUUGACAGCCUCCCUGACCAACUGGUCAGUAAAUCGGUCACACAGGGAUUCUGCUUUAAUAUUCUUUGUGUAGGGGAGACCGGCAUUGGCAAAUCCACAUUAAUGAACACGCUGUUCAACACCAUGUUUGAAAAUGAAGAAGCCAGCCAUUAUCAGAAUGGUGUCUAUCUGCGGCCGCGAACAUAUGACCUGCAGGAGAGCAACGUGCACCUCAAACUGACAAUUGUUGACACUGUCGGCUUCGGUGAUCAGAUUAACAAAGAGGACAGCUACAAGCCCAUCGUAGACUACAUCGACACUCAGUUUGAAAACUACUUACAAGAAGAGCUAAAGAUCAAGCGCUCGCUGUUCAACUACCACGACACCAGGAUCCACAUCUGCCUUUACUUCAUUGCCCCAACAGGACACUCCCUGAAGUCUCUGGACCUCGUCACAAUGAAAAAACUGGACAGCAAGGUCAACAUAAUUCCCAUCAUUGCUAAAGCAGACACAAUCUCCAAAAGUGAGCUCCAUAAGUUCAAAAUAAAGAUUAUGAGUGAGCUGGUGAGCAAUGGCGUCCAGAUUUAUCAGUUCCCAACAGACGAUGAAGCCGUCAGUGAGAUCAACGCCUCCAUGAACGCUCAUCUGCCGUUUGCUGUGGUUGGGAGCGUGGAAGAAGUCAAAGUGGGCAACAAGACAGUAAGGGCCAGACAGUACCCCUGGGGUGUGGUGCAAGUGGAGAACGAGAGUCACUGUGACUUUGUCAAACUCAGAGAAAUGCUGAUCAGGGUCAACAUGGAGGAUCUUCGAGAGCAGACCCAUGCCCGCCAUUACGAGCUGUACCGGCGCUGUAAACUUGAGGAGAUGGGCUUUAAAGACACAGAUCCUGACAGCCAACCAUUCAGUCUGCAAGAGACGUAUGAAGCAAAGAGGAAAGAGUUCCUUGGAGACCUGCAACGUAAAGAGGAGGAAAUGCGACAGAUGUUUGUGAAUAAAGUGAAAGAAACAGAAGCAGAGCUGAAAGAAAAGGAGAGAGAGCUGCACGACAAGUUUGAGCAGCUGAAACGGAUGCACCAGGAGGAGAAGAGGAAGGUGGAGGAGAAGCGGAGAGACCUGGAGGAGGAGAUGAACGCCUUCAACAGGAAGAAGGUGGCAGCUGAGACACUCUCCUUAUCUCAGCCCCUCAAGAAAGACAAGGACAAGAAAAAUUAAUUUAUGGGCGCUGUAAACCCUCCCACACACGACCAUGGAUUUGUCCUCCAUCACCAUACCAACGUCAACAUCAGUUUAUUUUGGUUUAUUUUAUUAGAUUUUUUUUACAUUCCAUCUUGACAUUAUGCACAUGGACCAAAGACACUGAGGAUGAUGAUCAUGAAGCCACAGGGGGAGAAAAAGGUGAAAGAUGGUGAAAAAAAAAUCAGUUUUCAAAGAGUGACAGUUUCAUUUAUUCAGGAUCUUUCAUUCUGUUUUUGUUUUUUGGACACUUUUUAUAUAUAUAUGCAAUUUUGUUUGACUAUGUGGUGAUUUAUAAAAUGUUAUUUUGUGUUUUUACAUCAGUUAUUUAGACAGAAACAGAGCUUAAACCCCUAAAACCUUUGGGUACUACAGUCAGUUUAACACCUCGGGUCAGUCUUUGAAACAGUUCAUUAUGUGUUAAGAAAAAAAAUCAAGGAUUUGACAAAGGACUUGCAUUAGAACUACUCAUCAAAGAAACCAUUAAUCAACUGUUUCUUAGGUUUUUAAAAACCUGUGCAGAUUUAAAUGUUGUCCAGGUGUUUUGUGGCUGUUAACCUUUUUUGUAGUUAGUUUUGGUACAUUUCACAGUAGAUUGUGUUCUUCAUAAAAUGAGCCAAAUAAUACAUUUAAAUAGCCUAGUGUCAAGCAAUAAAACUGAGUACCUGUAUAUUGUAUAAAUAAUGCGUAUACAUAGGUACUGACAUCCUAAAUCAUAUUCUAAAGUCUUAAUAAAAUGUAUGCAAUAUUUUGGUGCUGUUUUAUAUUAACUCAAUAAAUGUAUGUGAAUAUUUUCAGGAGCUUACCCUGCUUUUUUAUGCAAAAUGCAAUACUAGAUUUUGAAAAUGAUGUUAUUGUGAGAAGCACAUAUGACUGUGUACAUUGUCCAUAAGUGAUGUAACUAUAUUGUAAUCGACGAGUUGUUAUGCUGUGACAGUGGACACACACAAACAUGAAGCCAGUAUGUAUACACACACACUGUGUAUACACACAU